AUGGCCCAUGCUGCCAGCGGGGGAUAUGAAAUUCCAGCUCGGCUGCGCACCCUGCAUAAUCUAGUCAUACAGUAUGCCUCCCAGGGCCGCUACGAGGUGGCAGUGCCACUGUGCAAACAGGCGCUGGAAGACUUGGAAAAGACCUCUGGCCAUGACCACCCAGACGUGGCCACCAUGCUGAAUAUACUGGCUCUGGUGUACAGGGAUCAAGGCAAAUACAAAGAAGCAGCCAACUUACUUAAUGAUGCUCUUAACAUUCGUGAAAAGACUCUGGGGCCAGACCAUCCAGCUGUGGCUGCCACACUGAACAACCUGGCUGUUUUAUAUGGGAAACGAGGCAAAUACAAGGAGGCUGAGCCUCUAUGUAAACGGGCUCUAGAGAUUAGAGAGAAGGUGCUAGGUAGAGAUCACCCAGACGUGGCCAAACAGUUGAACAACUUGGCUUUGCUCUGUCAGAACCAGGGCAAGUAUGAGGAGGUGGAAAAAUAUUAUCUGAGAGCAUUAGAAAUUUACAAGAGAAAAUUGGGACCUGAUGAUCCGAAUGUUAUAAAAACUCAGAACAAUUUGGCUUCAGCAUAUUUAAAACAAGGAAAAUACAAACAGGCUGAAAUUUUGUAUAAAGAGGUUUUAACAAGAGCACAUGAAAAGGAGUUUGGGAAAGUAGAAGGGGAAAACAAACCAAUUUGGAUGAGGGCUGAGGAAAGAGAGGAAAACAAGGGAAAGAGUAAAGAUGGAGGAGCUCCCAUGCCAGAGUAUGGAGGUUGGCACAAGAAUGCUAAAGUUGACAGUUCAACAGUUACCACAACACUGAAAAAUCUUGGUGCAUUGUACCGAAGACAAGGCAAGUAUGAAGCUGCCGAGACGCUAGAAGAGUGUGCUAUGAAGUCCAAGAAAAAUGAUCUAAUUGUGGGUGGGAAGGACAGCACAGAAGUCAGCAGCUCUGGCCUUCCACCCGUGUCUAACCAUGGCCGCAUGAUUCCUAUGGGUAUGUACCCAGACAUCAGUGAUGAUGUGAACAGUGGAGCCAGUUGGUCAGGCGAUGGUAGCGGUCGGAUGCAACGUAGUGGUUCAUUCACCAAACUGAGGGCAUCAUUGAAGCGCAGCAGUGCCAAACUGGUACAGAGGCUGACAGGAAAGGGCACAGAAGGGGAUGCUGGAGGAAGCCCCAACUGGAAUGCCAAAGACAAUUACAGUUCUGACAGUAUGAAAAGAGCAAGCUCCUUGUCGGUUCUCAACAUAAUCAGCAGUAGUGAUGACAAGCUACAAGAAAACCGACGUUCAGUUGCAAACAUUAGCAGUGGAGACCUCAGUGUGCGGGGGCGGACAUUUAGCACCCAACAUGUCUCCGGAGGAUUGACUUAG